AUGCCAUUCUAUUCUACAUCGACUCGCUCCAAGAGACCCAAAAGAGAUGGAGCAGGAAGAGCAGCGUCGGUUAUCUCUACCAACUCUCAUUCCACCUCAAAAAGCUCGAAGCUCUCCGGGGAUAAACCGAAGGUAGAGAGCAAGGCCUCGUCCACGGUACCACAGAGCAACGGAUCAAGCAUUGCGCAGGCUGUACGGCCACAACCGACACAAGCCAAAGGUGAAUCAGAACGCAAAGCGCCAAAUGUCUUCGAAUACCUCGAGGACAAUUCCACCACAACUGAAGAGGAGGACGAUGAUGAUGAGGAGUCUUCGGCAGACGAGUACGAACACCCCCGGGUUCCCAAUAGCCACCCUAAGACGGUGUAUACUGGCUCUGCCCGUCAGACUUAUCCAGCGGCGUCCCAAGGGACGGACACUCGCAGCCGUACCUCGUCCGUGAUGUCCAAGUCCUCGGCCGGUUCCCAGAAAACCCCCAGCUCCAUUGACAUCCCUCCUAGUGCAGCCACCUCGCACGUAACGAGGAAUAGCAUCCCUACCCACAAACCCUCUCUGGAAGCAACCUACAGCACAGUAGGGGCUUUUCCGGAUAGUUCACACUAUCUUGAGAAACAGAGCAUGGACUUGGGCUCCAGGCCGGAGGUUUAUUACCCCCGCAACUCAGUCUCCCUUCAUCGGUCACCGCUUCCUCCUUCGCCGCCGCGAAGCCCGGAAGAAGACCUCCACCGGCCCACUCGCCGACGCAGGCGCAGCACCAAAUCCUCUUCUGCUUCUUCCGGAUAUGGUCUUCUUGCUUCGCGGUUGAGCUCGUCCACCGAGAGCCAGGAGCCCCGGAUUCCUCCUCUGUAUCGCCGAUUUGAGGAUGUCAACCAUCGCGUACUGCUCCAUCUUCAGGAUGAGAUUGCACAGAUGGAGGAAGACCUGCGAGUGCUGGACGAGUACGAGGAACUGCAUCGGGCUGCGGCUGCUGAGCAGGAGGGCACGACAAUACUGCCUGCCUCGCGGCGCAUGGAUGCCCAAGCACAGGUCUACUCUUCUCUUCACUACCGGCGCGAGGAGUUGCUGGGGACUCUAGCGCGUAAAACCGAACAAUAUAACAAUGCUCUCAGCGCAUAUAGUAAAGUCCUACAAACUCUCCCAUGUGCCUCCGCGAAGGAUAUCGAUACAUACCGGGCUUGGAUGAAGGAAACAAACCCUGUCGUUGCUGCUGAAACGCGGUUCUUAGACCACACUAAAGACUUGAUCUCUCUAACUCCACGCAAUCUCGCUUCCACCUCCACCUCUACUACGAAGCCUGUCUUCUCUGCCAUCAUCAUCGCAUCCGCUGCGGUACUCCUUCCAUUGCUCGCAUUUAGCAUGAUCUCCGAGUUCUCCGGCCGUCUUCUCGUGGUCGCAGUCGUGGGUGGUGCUGCGUCUGCCAUUGCAUCCACCCACUCAGCGGGAGCAGAUCAGAUAGUUGACUCCCGCGAUGGAUGGAGAUGUGCGACCAUAUACUUUGGAUUCAUGACCGCGGCAGCAAUGUUCAUCCCCUGA